GGGAGCCGGGGCGGGACUUCCUGUGGGGCUGCAGUGGGAUGGCAGCAGGCAGCUGCGGGGCUGACACGUAUCUGAAGUUAAAGGUGCUCUGGAGGCCGCGUCGAGGACUUGGAGGGGUUUUAUUUUUUUAUUCCCCCAUUGUCUUGUUUCAACAACGUCGGGAAAGUGAAAGUGUGGCAGCGGGGCACAGAGGAGCCGUCACCCCCGGGGUGAGCUGCGUUAGAGCCGCCGGAGUUUGACGUGAAGUCUGGAGAAAAUCUGAGCGGCUACUUUGAAGUUCCAGGAGAGGGUCGAUCAGCGGCUGAAAGUAUGUCCACCACCGGGGGAAGUACCACCGUGUAACCCGUGUUGUUGCUGCCCGGGAAUGCUCGGGAAGUGAGGGGAGAGAGAGGUGGGUGGGCGCGUUCCAGUUUUCACCGGGAGGUAAAAAGAAAAAAAAAGAAAGAAAAAGUUGAGUCGGGAAGUUUCCAGCAGUAGAGACGGGGCUUUCUCUCGCAGACAGCGGGGAGCGCUGCGGGUCCAACAUGGGGAACGGGGUGUGCUCCCGGCGGCAACGCAGGAUCUUCCAGUGCCUGCUGCUGCUCACCGUGAUCUGCGGGAUGAUGUACGGGGGCAUGAUGUCCUAUGAGAUGCACAAGCAGCUGAGGAGGACCGAGGCGACGGCGCUGAAGUACCAGCAGCAUCAGGAGUCCCUGUCGGCUCAGCUCCAAGUUGUGUAUGAGCAUCGCUCCAGGUUGGAGAAAUCUCUGCAGAAGGAGAGGUUAGACCACAAAAAGGCCAAAGAAGAUUAUCUGGUUUAUAAACUUGAUGCACAACAGUCACUGAACAAGGAGAAGCAAGACUCCAGCAGCAGAUUCAAUUCUUUACAAGUGCAACAUCAGAUGUUAAAGAACCAGCAUGACGACCUGAAGAAGCUGUAUUACGACCUGCAGGAGCAGCACCAAACGCAGGGCGAGGACCACGGCCGGCUGCUGGACGAACACAAAGAGCGCUACGAGAAGCUGCAGCAAAUCAAAGACGUAGAAGUCACCCAACUCAAAGAUAAUGUAUUUAACCUGAGGGAGGAAAACAAACAGCUGAGGAAGGCCCACCAUGACAUUCAUGUACAGCUACAGGACGUACAGAUUCAGCAUCAGGACUUGAAGGCAGUGCACAACCAGCUGACACUGACACUCGAAGACCACAAGAGUGCGCUGGCUGCAGCUCAGGUACAGGUGGAUGAGUACAAGCAGCUGAAGGAGUCCCUCAUCAAGGCGCCCAUCUUGAGACAACCUCAGCCAAAAUCUGUCCCCCAGGAACUAAAGGCAGAUGCACCUAAAUCCCACAUCUAUCAAGAGCAGCAGGCUGUGACACAUGAAGAGGAGCCAGCCCCUGAAACUCACCCGGCCCACCAUGACACGCACCGCCCCACUGAACCUCAAAACGCCUUGUCAAACAAACAGGAGGAUGAUGGAGAGGGAGAGGCAGAGAGGAAGAGGGAGCUGGCAGAGGAGGAGAUGGCUCAAGCAGGACAGCCUCAGAAGCUUGAGGAGGACCCCGACCAACCACAGGAUGAUCAGCAGGAGGUAGAGGAGCCGGAACAGGAACAGCCAGAUGAGAACGCACUGGAUCAACUGAGACAUCAGCCACAACCGGAUCCCCAUGCAGAGGUGCACCAGGACUCCCAGCUGCAGCCCGAUGCGCACGCCCAGGUGGCGCGAGUGAAGUCUGCGUACGAACAGCAGCAGGAGCAGCAGCGCCUGGAGGCUCAGAGGGUAGAGGAGAGCAGGCAGAUCCAUGUGCGACAGGAGGCCCUGCGAGUUCAGAGGAAGAAGGUGAUGAUGGAGAGGGAGCAGCGGCUGAAGGAGGAGAAGGAGAGAGAGCAGCAGCAGCACAGGGAGGCCGACAGACGCGAACAGCUGCUGAGAGAGGAGCACCAAAGGAAGAAGACAGAGUAUGAGAACAUGGACAAUGACAUUGUUGAAGGAGAAGAGGACCGGCACACUGACGAUGAAGAGGAGGGAGAUGCUCAUAAGCUACAUGAGGGGGAGGACAAAGAAGGAGCAGAUCACAGAGUGCCAUCACAACAGGGGGACGGAGAUGGUGAGCUGGACCCUGAGGAUGACCCCAACAACCAGGGCGAGGAUGAGUUUGAGGAGGCCGGGGAUGAGCGGCCUCAGCACAGGGUGACAGAGGAGGAAGAGGAGGUGGUAGAUGAGGAAGAGGAGCAGGCAGCACCAGCACAGCAUGCAGACGCACACCCUGGCCCUAAACAGCCGGCUGUGGAGGAGGAACUGGUGAUGGCUGGAAACCCAGAUCAACAGGAAGAUACGCUGGACGACCAGUAUCAGGAGGAAGUAGAGGACGAGGCCCAGGAGGACAUCGUUGGUGGGCAGAAGAGAGAAGAGGAGGGGGAGGAUGAAGGAGAGGAUCCGUAUAACGAGGAGAACAUAGAUCAAGAGGAAGUAAAACACCAGGAGGGUCCGAGAAACGAGGGGAAUCACAGAAAAGACGCUGAGAACGAGGAAGAUAAUUACGAAGAGGAAGAGGAGGUCGAGGAGGACACAGCUGGUCGUGACAAGGGAACCAAUCGGAGGGCGGAGAUGUAGGACAGACGCAGACUUGAACCAGCUGCAGUGCCUCUUCUGUCCGCCCGUACAGCCUAUCAGGUCUGUCCUUCUCUUGUUUCUCAAAGGAAUAAUCGCAGCCAUUCAUCCAGAAUUCCACUUAGGAAAACUGGGAAUUUGUGCCUGGAGGACGGGAGGCGAUUCCAAACACUGUGGGGUUGGAACUGAUCAGCUCAUACUGUGGAAACGGACAGAAUCUUUUGGACGGAAAUUGGAUGUAUACUGAAUAUGUUUUCCUUUCUUUUCUGUCUUCUCACACGUCUGCCUGAUCGCCUGUCUGGUUCUGUGACAGACAGAGAAUGUAUUUUUAUCACGUGCUGUCUUUUGUAUAAAGAAACCAAAACAAAGUAUGUUAUUCUAAGGCUUUUAUACAGGUUGUUUGUUUUAGCUCAGAUUUUAUUUUCUAGCAUUCCAGUCGAUCGAGUCAUUUCCUGUUAUUUAUUGUUCAUCGUAACUCUGACAAUCGUGAAACGUUUUGCCCCUGACUGAAGGGCUUUUAUCGACUUCUUGAUGCUUGAAUGUUUCCACUGGAUAUUUCACACAGUUCUGGUGAAGCAAUUUUGUGUCACUCUGACAUGUAAGUGCCUUUCCAUUCUGGGAAACUCUUGGUCUUUUUACAUUUUUACAUUUGGUAAAUCAUUUCAAUAGGACAGCCAGUUAGUGCUAAAACAAAAACUGCAGAUUGCUUCAGUGUGGCCUUAAAGGAGCAGGGGAGCUGUUUCAUGUUGACUGCUGGUGUGAAUAAAAUUCACAAAAUCUGAUGCAAUGUAAUGCAACAUCUUUAGUCUACUGUACAAUGUAUAGUAAAACAAAUGCUGACAAUUUGUAUGUUUCUCUCUGCCGGUUACAUUUGAUACAAAGUCGUUGGACUGUAUGAAAUCGUGUUUGUCACUUGGAUGGUGUGUGGAAUAAAGAGGCUGAAGGAUGUCAGGUAACUGUAA